GCAGGAUCAGGUGCGUGGACUGGUUAUGAUACUGAAGUACCCUAUAUGGGAAGUCAGCACUUUUUUAUAGCUUAAGUGAUGGAGCAGAAUACCCCAAGUGUAAGCCCUGGAUCUGUUUCACACCUUUCUCCAGCAACCACAGGACAUCCCGAUCCUGCAACUCGUACUCGUCUCAGCAAAGGAAGCAGUGGUGCCACCAUGAGUGCUGGAGUGCUGAGCCGUGGCAGACCAGCAGCCGCAAAUGCUGCACGGGAGAGGAGCCGUGUUCAGACACUCCGACAUGCAUUCUUAGAGCUGCAGAGGACCCUACCUUCAGUUCCUCCCGACACAAAACUCUCUAAAUUGGAUGUUUUAAUUCUGGCCACUACCUACAUUGCACAUCUCACUCGGACCCUUCAGGAGGAAGGUAUGGAAGAGGGAGAGGGCAAUCAACCUGGUGAACUUCUUCACACCCUUAAAGGAGAGGGUUACCUGCACCCUGUCAAGAAAUGGCCAAUGAGGUCAAGACUGUACAUUGGAGCUACAGGGCAAUUUCUGGGCAAUGCUGUUCAAGCAGAGACUUCAAGUCAGGAAGAAACGACAACAAGCUCACAAGUCUGAAAAACUUCUCAUAAAAUCAUAAAAAUAUAAAUAUAUCCUAUUUAUUACCUGAUGUGUAUGUGUAUAUUUAAGUUGAAAACGGUGUUGUGUGUUUUUUACCCAGUGAUGUUGUUAGUCUUCUUUCUACAAAUUGUCUUGGAAUUUUGUCUCACUAUAGUCCAAUAUGUAAUGAAUAAAGAAUGUAGCAGAGUAAUUACUGCUGUACAGAUUAACAGCACUUAACAUUUAAUGCAUUUCCUUCUGAUUUCCAAAACGAUUUUACCACAUUUAGAACAUUUCCCCUAGGAUUCAGAAACAUUACCACCAGUGGUAAGCACUCUUUAUCGCUGACAGUAGCCAUUUUCAAUACAGAGGCAGCUCUACUUCAUUUCUUUGCCUCAUUUAGGUGCAGCAUCAUGAUGGACUGUCCCUCUGAUAUACUGGAAAUGUAAAUGAGGCAUUUUGAGGGAGAGGCAUGAGAUAAUGUACUCACCCCCAUAAAUGCCUGCUGUAAGUUAACUACUCAGCCAAGCAAUUCACAGAACCCUUCAGGUGCAUACAUCACCAGCACCCACUGCCAAAAGCUCACUUUCGCCCAUUACUUUCAAUGGGUGAGAUCAUGUUAGCAUUAAGUGUCAGAGAGUAUAGCAAACAGGUAGAGUUGGGGGUGCACAUAUGUCACUACAUGUAUGAGCACAUGCAGAGGUAUAAGUAAUGUCAGGUGAGAGUUGGUGUGUGUGUUUGUUCCUGAGUAAGUGGCCACAGUGGUGGGGUGGGAAUUAGCGGAUAUCUAGGGCAUGCAUAUACAGUAUGUGUUUGUGGGAGUCUUGAGAAUGUGUGCGAGUGUGAUUGUGUGAUGA